AAAGAAUCGGAGAAUGUGCGACUGGAGAUUUGCAAAUCGCGCAAAACGACGCGAGCGCGACCAUUGAAGACUGCCGACGACCACGGUCGACAUUGCCGUUUUUCAGUAGCGGGGGGCGUACCACUUCCAAGUAGAUGGCGUGCGAGUUGAUCGACCCUAUUCUACGGAUUGCGGUGCGGUGCCGUUUUGUUUAUACACAUUCACACGCGCGCGCACGCACACACAAACAUACACACAUGCGCGCGCACACAAGCGCACACACACAAGCACAACACAGCGGCGGCCAGCGCGAUGUCGAUUCCGUCCUCAGUGUUCGUAGGUGUCGGUCGUGUGUCCGUCGCGCAGACGUGCCUUAGAUAAAAGUAGUGCAAAUUGUGUUUUGUUUUGUUUUGAUUUGUUUGUAGGUAUAUAUUUUUUCUACUCUGACAGAAGUAAGAAAGAGAACGAGAAAAACGUGUCCGUGCCCGUUUGGUUUUCUUGAUUUCCUCUGGUGACGAGAAUACUCUCACGCGAUGACAGUCGAUCACGUUCACAGGGUUAUCGCCGUGAUGGUUUUCGACCGUGAAUAGGACAGAGACUUUUCCAAACGGGAUAAAUAACAUUGGUAUUAUUACUGAACGUGCGUUGCGUGCGUUUGUGUAUUUUUGAGUUCGAUUGUGUAAGACACCGUUAGUGUGUGCGCCCGUGUGUAUUGCCGUUCACACUAUGGAAGGUAACGGGGUCGGCAAAGAUUGCAAUGCCCUCGGCGGAUUGUUCCAGCAGAUCGUCAUGGACCUGAAGAAUGGAACUCCAAUGUGGGAAGAUUUCAUGGCAAAAGCCACAAAACUUCAUACGUGUCUUCGAGCAACUAUUCAUGCUAUCGGAGCUUAUCUAGACGCUUUUCAAAAAAUUGCUGAUGCUGCCACUAAUGCCAGAGGUGCUACUAAAGAAAUUGGAACUGCAUUGACCAGAAUGUGUCUUCGUCAUAGAGCAGUUGAAGCUAGAAUGAAAACAUUUUCAAGCGCAAUAAUGGACUGUUUGGUGGUUCCGCUUCAAGAGAAACUAGAAGAUUGGAAGAAGACUAUUGUCAACCUAGACAAAGAGCACGCUAAAGAGUAUAAAAAAGCAAGAGCUGAAUUAAAAAAGCGUUCUACGGAUACAUUACGCUUACAAAAAAAAGCACGCAAAGGUGCUAAAAUGAAUGAACUGCACAAAGCAUUGCAAGACGUUUCUGAUAGAAAAGCUGUAUUAGAAGAAACAGAAAAGAGAGCUGUUCGUGAAGCAUUAAUCGAAGAACGAAGUAGAUAUUGUAUUUUCGUAACAAUUUUGAAACCAGUCAUCGAAGAAGAAGUGGCCAUGCUUAUGGAAUUAUCCCAUUUACAAGAAGUUAUGGAUAAAUUAGAAGCACACACCACUGAUCCAUACUCUUUACCUCCAGCUAGUGAACAGGUGCUGGUCGACUAUAAAGGUAGUGAAAUGUCAUGGACACACCAAACACCCCCAAGUAGUCCCAGUUCGUUGGGUUCACGUAAAUCCAGUAUGUGUUCCAUCAAUUCAAUAAACAGCUGGUCUAGCGGCAGUACACAUUCACCGAGCCAUCAAUACUGGAGCCGCUCAUUGCUUCAGCCAGUAUCAAAUGAGCUACGUUACAAAGGGCCUUUACCUCCUAGUAGAUUAUGCAGUGCUUCAUCUCAUGAUUCAGGGUUUACAUCCCAAGACACAAUAUAUACAAAACAACAAUCAUAUUCAAAGGCUCCUAACUCGUCUGAUUCCAAUAGUAGCAGUGCUGGAAGCAGUACACCUUCUACUCCAUUUGCUAGUUCUGAAGGUGGAUGUGGAACAUGGCCCAAUGCUCAGGAAACAUUACAAUUUGAACGUGCUGCGUCAGCCAUUAUGAAUGAUGCAAGACCACACACUAUUUCAGGUGGUGCUCACCAUCUACGACCAGCCCUUAGCGCGUACACAUUUCAACCUGAUUCUUCUUCUAUUGAUAAAACUCCCGUUGUCUCACCACAAGACGAUUAUGCUCAUGUCCCUGAUGUCCCGUCCAGAGAUAUGCACAAAAGUUAUAAACCAACCUCACUAAAAACAAUUGAGUAUAUUCAACCAACAUAUGUCAAUAUGCACGAACUAGCUAGUAUGGCUGCCAACAAAGCUCAAGAAAGAAAUUCACAGCACAAUGAGCCUUCUUUAAUUGUAAAUUUGAAAAACGAUGGAGAUCGAAAGGAGAGCACUAGUGAGAGUUCUCUAGAGUCUUCAAGCGGCUAUAGUAGUCAAACAGCAAUAUCAAAUGCCACUCCAGAUGAAGAAGUGGAAAAUUCACUUUUGAAAUAUUGCACAUUGGAUAGUCAAAAUAGUAUUGCCAUCAAAGAACGUGUACGACCCGUAUCUACAUUGGGUUAUUCCAGUCUCAGAAGCGGUACACUGUGUCGUCGUUCUUCAAUUCAAAGCAACAAGCCACCUCCACCAAUACGCCGUACACCAUCUAUCUUAAACAAUUCAGUACAAAACUUACCCCCUCCACCUCCAUUUUUGCUAGAUAUUGCUGCAGAACAACGCCAGCAAAGUCGUUCACAAACAUCUUUAACAUCAGAAAAAGUAUAUUCUGAACCCAUGACACAUCAACGUAAAUCAUCUGGGGGAAGUGUGGCUGAAACUGUACGUAAUCUAACACAACUUAAUCAUACACCUGCAAGUCCUAUUUUAUUGCGCCGCACACCCAGUAAUCGGUCAACAAGUGCUGAUCGCUGUAAUAGCUAUUCAUCUGAGCCAGUAACUGGGUUUAUGGCUGCUUUAGGCUCUAGACUAUUACAGCAGCAACCUAAAACAACAGGCGGGUCACCGAAAUUAACUAGACGUUGGAUUGCUCCUGCCAGACACUCCGUUGUGGAUCCAGCCACUUGUCAUGAUUCACUAAUGGAACAAAUAAGGAAAGGUAUGGUGUUAAGAAAAUCUAUCGCUAUCAAUGACAGGUCAGCACCUAAAACUAAUUAAGAGUUAAAUACAUUAAGUUAAUAUUGUUUUCUCUUUGAAUAUUAAUUAUUUUCAUUCUUUUUUUUGUAAUACCUAAUCAAUUUAAUUUAAAUAGUAAAUUCUAAUAUUAUAUUUAUAAUUUCAAUUUUUCCACAUAGUUAUUGGAUUGGAAUUUAUUCUUAAACUAAAAUAAUCUCAUAGAAUAUGAAAUCCACUUUGACAUAAUAUGUCUAACAGUUACUCUGUGUUAUACAAAUGUCCACUUCUAAAAAAUAUAUAAAUACAUUUAAAACUUGAAUCACGUGUUGUAAAAGAAUAUGUUGAUUUUUCUUAUUUCUUAUAGUUAGUGUUUUUUGACAAAGAUGAUAAAAUACUAUGUAUAAGCUCUAUAAAAUGUUUUAUGAAUAAUUUGGACUUGAGUUUGUGUAUUAAUAUCAUUCCAGACAUGUAUAUUUUUUUUUUUACUAACACAUUCCUUUGUUCAUGGUUAUCACUUAUAAUUAAAUGUUUAUUACAUAAACCUAAAAGUCUCACAUUGGUAUACAAAAAUAAUUAUUCCAAAAUCUAUAAAUUUAGAUAUUAUUCUGUGUUUAUAAUUAUUUAUAUAUGUAUACACAUGUGUUCAUUAAUAAAAUCAAUUAUGUUCAGACUCAGUUUAAAUUUAAUGCUAAUACAUUAUUAUCUUUUUAGAAAUAUGAUUAUGUUUAUAUAAUAAAAAAAAAAUAAACAAUUAUUAUAUAAAACCAAAGUCAAUUUGACAUCCGUCUAUAAAAUUUAUUGAUACUUAUCGAAAUAUAUUAAUGUAUGCAUUUUUUUAAAUGCGUUAAAACUAUUAAUGUAUUGUAUAAUCUUUAUUUAUAUUAUUAUUAUUAUUAUUAUUAUUAAUAUUACUUUUUUGUAGUUGAUUUUUUUUUUUUUUUUUUGUAACAAAUAUUUAUUUGUACUAUGAUGUUUUUUGUGUAUAGAGAAUUGUGGAUUUGUUUUAAGGGUUCAUAAUAACCGUUUGUUGUAUGAUUAAUGAAAAAUAAAUGAAAGAUAACAUUUA